CCAGGGAGCAGGAGGCCAAGUGACGGGAGUCGGAGUCUCGGAACCCGUGCGGGAACCUGAGCCGCAGAGCGCCGCCCGCCUGCCCGCCCGCCCGCGCACCCGGCGCUGCCAGAGCCACUAGCGCAGCGCAGCCAUGGAGCCCAGCAGCAAAAAGCUGACGGGUCGCCUCAUGCUGGCUGUGGGAGGGGCAGUACUUGGCUCCCUACAGUUUGGUUACAACACUGGAGUCAUCAACGCCCCCCAGAAGGUGAUCGAGGAGUUCUACAACGAGACGUGGAUCCACCGCUACGCCGAGCCCAUCUUGCCCACCACGCUCACCACACUCUGGUCCCUCUCCGUGGCCAUCUUCUCCGUGGGGGGCAUGAUCGGCUCCUUUUCUGUAGGCCUGUUUGUUAACCGCUUUGGCCGGCGGAAUUCGAUGCUGAUGAUGAACCUGCUGGCCUUUGUGUCUGCGGUGCUCAUGGGCUUCUCGAAACUGAGCAUGUCCUUUGAGAUGCUGAUCCUGGGCCGCUUCAUCAUUGGGGUGUACUGUGGCCUGACCACUGGCUUUGUGCCCAUGUACGUGGGGGAGGUGUCACCCACGGCCCUCCGAGGGGCUCUGGGCACCCUGCACCAGCUGGGCAUCGUUGUUGGCAUCCUCAUCGCCCAGGUGUUCGGCCUGGACUCCAUCAUGGGCAACGAGGAGCUGUGGCCCCUGCUGCUGAGUGUCAUCUUCAUCCCAGCCCUGCUGCAGUGCAUCCUGCUGCCCUUCUGCCCCGAAAGUCCCCGCUUCCUGCUCAUCAACCGCAACGAGGAGAACCGGGCCAAGAGUGUGCUGAAGCAGCUGCGCGGGACAGCAGAUGUGACCCGUGACCUGCAGGAGAUGAAGGAGGAGAGCAGGCAGAUGAUGCGGGAGAAGAAGGUCACCAUCCUGGAGCUGUUCCGCUCGCCCGCCUACCGCCAGCCCAUCCUCAUCGCCGUGGUACUUCAGCUGUCCCAGCAGCUGUCGGGCAUCAACGCUGUCUUCUACUACUCCACAAGCAUCUUUGAGAAGGCAGGCGUGCAGCAGCCUGUGUAUGCCACCAUCGGCUCCGGCAUUGUCAACACUGCCUUCACCGUCGUCUCGCUGUUUGUGGUGGAGCGAGCCGGUCGGCGGACCCUGCACCUCAUCGGCCUGGCUGGCAUGGCGGGCUGUGCUGUGCUCAUGACCAUCGCGCUGGCACUGCUGGAGCAGCUGCCUCAGAUGUCCUAUCUGAGCAUUGUGGCCAUCUUUGGCUUCGUGGCCUUCUUUGAAGUGGGCCCCGGCCCCAUACCAUGGUUCAUUGUGGCUGAACUCUUCAGCCAGGGUCCUCGCCCAGCUGCUGUUGCUGUCGCUGGCUUCUCCAACUGGACCUCAAAUUUCAUUGUGGGCAUGUGCUUCCAGUACGUGGAGCAACUGUGUGGCCCCUAUGUCUUCAUUAUCUUCACUGUGCUCCUGGUCGUGUUCUUCAUCUUCACCUACUUCAAAGUUCCUGAGACUAAAGGCCGAACCUUCGAUGAGAUUGCUUCUGGAUUCCGGCAGGGGGGAGCUGGUCCAAGUGACAAGACACCCGAAGAGCUGUUCCACCCCCUGGGGGCUGAUUCCCAAGUGUGAGGCGCCCCACACCACCAGCCCGGCCUGCUCCCAGCAGCCUCAAGGAUCCCUCGGAGCACUGACAGCUGGACAAGACUUCCAAGCUGACAUGUGUCAGCAAAGCCGGGCCUGGGGCUCCUUUCUUCAACCAGCAAUGAUGUCCAGAAGAAUAUUUAGGGCUUGAAUGGCUCCAGGAUUUUAACUGUUGCUCAAGCAAGACUGUUGCUCAAUCUAUUCAGUCAAGCAACAGGUUUUAUAAUUUUUUUUAUUACUGAUUUUAUUAUUAUUUUUUUAUCAGCCAAAGUCUCCUGUACCCACACCCCAGCUUCACCCUGAAUGACUCUGUACUUGAGGGUAGGGACCAGGCCCUUUUCAGGCACUUGCCUUCUUCACCAAGCUAAUCUGUAGGGCUGGACCUCUGACCAAGGACACACUAAUAGAAUAUGAACUACGAGGCUUCUCCCCUAGGAGGUAGCUAAGGCCACUUCUUCUGCAGGCUAGGAUCUCCCCGCCUCUGUUCAGGCGCCAUUAAGAGUUGUCCAUUCCCAUCUCUUCCUACCCAACCACUCAAAUUAAUCUUUCCUUGCCUGAUACCAGUUGGGAGCACUGGAGUGCAGGGAGGAGAGGGGAAGGGCCAGACUGGACUGCCAGGUUCUAGUCUCCUUUGCACUGAAGCCAGAGGAUCACCAUUAGAGGAAGGCCGUGGGAGGCUGAGAACUCACUGCUCAAGAAGACAUGGAUACUCCUGCCCUGCUGUGUAUAGAUGGAAGAUAUUUGUGUGUAUAUAUAUAUAUAUAUUUUGGUUGUCAAUAUUAAAUACAGACACUAAGUUAUAGU